AUGUCCAACAAGCCGCGUUCUCAGCGGAGCUCAGGCGACGCGCCUACAGACGAUAAAACCUCAGGCUCGAGCCGACGCGCACGCAGGAAGGAGAAGCAGCAAAACGCGGAAGCCGGCCCCUCUGGCUCGAGUACACAAGAUGAUACGAACGCCGUCGUAGAACCCAAGGCCUCUGGCAAGGGCGAAGGAGAGAACACGUUCACCGAGGCGGACUUCAUCCCAUUCUCGUUCUCUGACCCGGAGGAGCCCGCCGAGCCCGCCCCCGCGAAGGAGGACUGGCCGCCCGCGAGGGAGUGGGACAGGGGCAAGGGCAAGAGUCGCGAGAAGGAACGCGAAAGGGGGGACGAACGCGAGAGUGCGGGGCGCAAACGGAAGGUAGAAGAGGUUGAUUUCGACGACGGGUACGCGAACAAGAAGCAGCGUGUCGCGGCCGCAUCACGAAGGGCCCCAUGGGUAAAUAACGUCGACUGGGAUCGGUGUGCGAAUGUCGCGGAAAUGUAUGCGCGUAUCGAAGUGGAGGCGUUCGUGAAAUACAUCUCACCAACGCCAAUAGAAGAUGAAGUCCGCUCGCUCGUGGUCGCUCUCGUAUCUCGGGCAGUCACCAGGACAUAUACAGACGCGCAAGUUCUACCGUUUGGCAGUUACGAAACAAAGUUAUACCUGCCUUUAGGUGAUAUUGACCUUGUCAUAUACUCCCAGUCUAUGGCGCGCAUGGACAGGGUCUCCGUCCUCCACUCUUUGGCAAACAUUGUAAAACGCGCCGGUAUCACCGACCGUGUCACGAUCAUCGCGAAAGCCAAAGUCCCCAUCAUCAAAUUCGUCACGACCCACGGCCGCUUUUCCGUCGACAUCAGCAUAAACCAGGGGAACGGUGUGACCGCCGGCAAGAUGGUCAAGCAGUUCCUCGAGGAGCUGCCCGCGCUCCGGAGCCUUGUCUUGAUCAUCAAAUCGUUCCUCAGUCAGCGGAGCAUGAACGAGGUCUUCACGGGCGGCCUCGGGAGCUACAGCAUCGUGUGCCUUGCUAUCAGCUUCCUGCAGAUGCAUCCCAAGGUACGAAGAGGGGAGAUUGAUCCGUCGAAGAAUAUGGGAGUGCUCGUCAUGGAGUUCUUCGAGCUCUACGGCUGCUACUUCAACUACGGUGAAGUGGGUAUUUCAUUGCGGGACGGCGGGUCGUACUUCAACAAGACCCAACGGGGUUGGAUGGACUACGGCCAGCAGCGGCUACUGUGCAUCGAGGAUCCCGGCGACCCGACAAAUGAUAUUUCCCGGGGCUCGUACAACAUCGCGAAAGUACGGACUACUUUGGCAGGAGCCCACACUAUCAUGACCGCAGCGGCCUACACCCAAGCCAGCAUCAUCAGCGCGCGCAGGGAAGGGCGCACGGUGCGCCUGCGCCCGGCACCCGAGCCCGAAGAUAUGAGCAUCCUCGCGAGUGUCAUGGGAGUGACGCAGGAGACCAUCAAUCAUCGUCGAGUGGUGCAGGAGGUGUACGACCGUCAAAUUCUACACCGCAUGCUGGGCAUCACGCCCAAGACGCUGGCGCCCAAGGUCGAGGUGGGCGGGGCGUCGCGCGCAGCGGGCGAGGCAAGCGUCAAGUCCGCCUGGGGCGAAGCCGACAUGGAGCCGGAAACCGAGGACGAGGAGGGCCGCCCUGAAGAUGCAGUCGAAAGCAGAUACGAGAUCGACAGCAAACGACAGCCUCCGAAGAAGCGACGCCGCACCGGCGCUCGUGCGGACAGGGACGUCACGGCAGAGACGGUGUAUACGACGGAUGACGAGGACCCGUACGACGACAUGUACUCGUUUGCGCAGCAGGCGAAGGUGGACGACGGCAUAUCCGAGGAAGAACGAGAGUACGACCUGGCGGCGUUGGACAAGGGACGGGGGCGAGGUUCGGGCUCAGGUUCGUCGGACGCGGCGGCGGCGGCGAGUAGGAGAUCGUAUUGGCUCUCAAAGGCUAUGACGGGUGAUCUCGAUGACUGA